GGCAGUGGCGGCAAGCAGGUUGGCUGCUGCGCUGCGGCGGCGAGCGACAGCAAACUACGCUACGACGCCUACGACCAGUACGACCUGCGUUGUAUCUCAGUACGUUUAGUGCUGUUGCGGAGUGAGGUUAGGUGAUAUCGCGAUUUUAUGUGUCUCGCGCUACCGCGAUAUGGAUAUGGUCGCUUCUCGCGAAGCGUCGUGCGUUUCGUAUCGCAUCGAUUGUUUGAAUCUUGACGACGUUGGAAUUUCAAACGCGAAUUUUUGUAGAUUUGCGGCGUGAAAUUUAUCGUGCAUCGUAGUGCCUGUCUUUGAAAUUCGGUUCGUCGUGUUCCUGACGAGACGCUCAAGUAGGUACAACGAUCGAUGCUUGUGCAUCUUUAGUUAAUCAAUCAUAUCGUGCUUUUUGAAAAAUUAAUCGGUUUUUUUCCGACAUGUUGAUCGUGAUAAUUUUUAAAAAUUGGUGAUACUUAAUUGUCGAGAAAUUGGCUGUCAUUUUUUGUAAAAAUUGAUUGUGCCAAUUGUGUGUGUAUGUGUGUGUCUCGGAUUGAUGUAAAGUAUGUCAUUGUAAUUAAGAAACAAGUGAAAUUAGUUAAACUUAAAAUUUGUCAAGUGUCAAAAACUCGACUGUGCUCCAGAAUGCAAAACUUGGACAUUAAAAAUUUCAUAGCAGCUAUUUUACCUUAGAACUCCAACAGUUAACUAUCUGAUUUAGAAAUCUUUGGAAUCUGGAGCAUUCUGUGGUUGUGAAAUGAUAAUCAGCAAAUUAUUCCAAAAAUCAAGGAUCAAAAAUUUUAUGUAUGGAGAUUUUAACAUUUAAGGAUUAGAAAAGGAAGCGCUCUCUUUAAUUUUAUCCUUGAAAUUUAAAAACUCGGAAAAUCGAUUUGUUUAGUAGAGCAUUUAAUAAAAAAAGUGGAUGAUUCAUCAUCAACAUGUUGUCAUAAAAGGAGUUUGCUCUCGCAAGCGAAAGUGAAUGGAGAGAAGACUAUAGAGCAUCGAUUGAGAGUGAAACGUGUUCCUGCGAGAGUAGGAUCCUGCAUUUGUGGAGGAGACAACGAAUCGACUGGUCCAUAUUCAGAAUCCUACAGACGGCUACUACUUUUCCCUGCUGGCCGAGCGAGCAUUGGCGAUUGGCGGACAGAUUGAACUGUUCGUAGAUCAGACGAUCACGUUGAUCUCUCAGAAAGACAGAUAAGGUGAUCGAGAUCGAGGAGAGUGAUCUUUGAAGAAACGAUAAAACAUGUCGAGGCUGCUGAAAGGAGAGCCGACGGGCGGUUGUGUGAUUGGCUCGUGCGCAGAUCGAGGAUCGUAUUAGCCCAACUGGCAGUGACGCAUGUCGUAAGCCACGUGAGAGAGCGACGGAGGAACGACACGCUGGACGUCACGCAGGAUCGGGAUUCAUGAAGAGAGAGUGAGAGAGAGAGAGAGAGAGAGAGAGAGAGAGAAAGAGAGAAAAAGUAUCUCUUUGAGAUAGCUACGGUAGAAUUAUUCCCGAGAGAUAGAGAGAAACAGGCCAGGCGACGAGCCUCUUAUUGUCUAUCGAAAGUCAUAUGCCCAUACACGCGCGCAAAACGCGUACAGCUUGCGAAGAAAUCGAAAUGGUAGAGUUGUGUGGUAGCGGCCAAGCUUCUUCGGCCAUGGGAGUAAUGGGCAUCGGUGCAAUGGUGACCGCGGCGACGUCGUCAUCCUCUUCGUCGACUACCACGACUACAGGCGCCUCAUCCUCAGCAUCGGGACGUGCCGGCAUACUCGAAACUCAAGUGCGUGGUCAGUGGUAUCGCGUAUUCGUCUCUUUGGAAGACGAUUAUCUCAGCAUUUCGCUCGAUGAGAGUUGUGAGACCGGUAACAACGCUCUGAACAACGGUAACAUCAACAAUAACAAUGUAGACAGUUUGAACGAUCCGGAUGUGCCCGAUUCGGUAGCCAAUCAGAAGCGCAUUGUCCGUGUGGUUAAAAGUGACAACAAUGGCUUAGGAAUUUCGAUAAAGGGUGGCAAGGAGAACAAAAUGCCGAUCCUCAUCUCGAAGAUCUUUAAAGGCAUGGCGGCGGACGCUACUGAGCAACUUUACGUCGGCGACGCAAUUUUGGCGGUAAACGGCGAAGAUCUACGCGAAGCCACGCACGAUGAGGCAGUAAAGGCGCUUAAAAGAGCCGGCAAGAUCGUCGAACUGGAAGUGAAGUACCUGCGGGAAGUGACGCCGUACUUCAGGAAGGCUUCGAUCAUCCAGGAAGUGGGCUGGGAACUUCAGCGCGGUUUCCUGAGCGCGACGCCGCCGCCACCAAAGUCACCACCGCGGGCGGAUACUCGUUAUCUGCCAUUACAACUCUGCAGACUCACCAGAGCGCAUCCCUCUUCCGAUCCCGAAGGACGUAUCCUAGAACUACACUCGCCUGAUGGUGUCCACGAAUGCUGGUUGAGAGCCGCUGACAACACGGAAGCGAACGUCUGGUUCAAUGCUUUGCACUCGGCGUUGGCAGCCCUCACCUUGAAAGCAUUACGACUGGCCUCAGCACUUCCGGAUCCGCAGCAACUUCAGCACAUAGGCUGGUUGGCGAGGAGGCACUGUCUUCAGAACGGACGAGCCAGUAGUGAGAGCAGCGAAGACGGAGCCGGAAGUAGUGCAAGCACUUCGCGAGGAGCCGGGAGUGGAUUCGGUCUUGCCGCUGGAUGCACCGGCGGAUGGCGCAGUGUCUUUGGUGCAGUUUCAGGCCGGGAACUUAGAUUGUAUGAGUGUGCGCCUUGGAGUCCAGAAGCUUGGGCUUCGCCGAGCAUUACCUGCCCCCUUAUCGCAACACGACUGGUCUCCUCUCCAACGCGACAGAAUGAAGCAGCGAGUAGCAGUAGCGGUUCGACUCAACACGGGGCGACGUUCGCGGUUCGGGUUGGCACGAUGGACGGGGUAGUCACGCAUCAUUUACGAGCUGAAACACGAAGAGAUCUGGCGGCCUGGGCACGGGCGAUCGUUCAGGGAUGCCACGCGGCUGCUCAUUCCUUGCGGGAAUAUACCGUUCGUUGCACAUGGCAAAGUAAGGCCUGUCAGUUGGUUGUCAACCACGAAGAAGGUUUCGCGCUUUACUCCGCAGGAACGCGGGGCACUGCCGGGAACGGCGUAAGUCCUGGAUCACCACCCACGCCGCUCUGGAGAAGAUCCUUCGACAAAUUGAAAAUGUCCGCGGACGACGGCGCCCGUCUUCUGUGGCUCGAUUUUGGAGGCGAAGAUGGCGAAAUUGAGCUUGAUUUGGAGAGCUGUCCGAAACCAAUCGUGUUCGUCCUGCACAACUUCCUUUCGGCAAAGAUUCAUCGGCUCGGUCUGAGUGCAUAGGGGCACGAGGGGGCCCUUACAGAGGCCCCCGAUUUGCCUCCUCACACUACCAGGUCUGUUACCAGCGUCUUUCUUCAUUGAACUAGAAAAAGUCGCAGUGAGAAAGAAAAAAUUGAUUUUUUUUCUUCGAGGAUUCGAAGUAACAAAUAAUAGAACCUUGAUGAGCCAAGAAACAUCCUAAUGGAUAAGAAACGUAAGGACUAUCCUUGUCAAAGGUUUCGCAUCGCGUGCAGCACCCUAUUCCAAUUGCGAAGCUUUGGAAUGUGGAGAAAAGAGAGAUUUGAAGUAAAUAAAACAGAAUAAUAGUGUAACAGUUUAGGAAUGAGUGAGAAUAGAAUAAUGAAUUCGGACAGAAUAACAAUCCGAGGAUUCUAUAAAAUUAUGAAUUUGAAAUCGAGAUAAAACUUGACUACACUAAAUAUUUAAUUUUUCUUUUAAAUCUGAAAGUGAAAAAUGAAAGCAUUAAAUACCAGUUAUUUAACGUUUUAGAUACUGUAGUGUUUUAAAAUGUUAAAUUAUAAAAUUUGAGAAUUUUUAAAGGCAAUUUAAAAAAUUUCAAGAACUGAAGAAAAUUUUAG